AUGAAUCAAAGUCAAACAUCAGGUGACCCUUUAACCACAGAAUCCGUCCCACCUAAAGUGUCACCUGCACCUCGUCCUACAACUCUAAAUAUUCUGUUGGAUAAUACAAUUAAGAGUCCUGCGUUGUCUUCUUUUCUCACUCCUUCUCUAGAGGAACUCCAACCAAUACUGCGCUCAGAAGUGGAAAAGAUUCUCCAGCAUCUUAAAGCCUCACCGCAGACUCCAGGAAGUUUCCUUAAUCCCAAACAUGUCACAGAAGAACAAGAAAGAUUCGCGAAUGUGUUUACCCAAAAACUAAAUGAGCUUAGAGAUGCUUCUGGUUUGGCGUCCCUAACGGCAGCACUAAGUCCUGUUACAUCUGCUGUCAACAGUAAUAGUCUCUACAAUGCAAGUCAGGCAGGGAUGAACACAACUCCGGCACCAAUACUUUUCUACUCACCAACUUGUUUCGAUGCUCAGUCAUUGUCUGGCGUUCAAACUGUUACCCCUGGCAGUCUUGUUGCUUUCCAAUCACCCCAAACUGAAUCACUAAAUACAACUAGUGAGCCGAGUAUCACAUUUACAAAUUUACAAAAUUCGCUUUCUAUUUCUCUCCCUAAUACUUUGCAGCAGUCUUCAGACAGCGAGGUUGCUACCGUUCAACUAGCGAAUGGCCUACGUCUUGGAAUAUCAACAAACGGGGCAUCACAAGCAUCAGUCCUCCAAAUGCUGGGUAUUGAACCUCAAGCGGAACUUGUUCAUCGUUCUCAGGUAACCAACCAACCAAUUGAACAUUCUAUUUGGCCUUUAAAUAUCCAAACAAACUUGCCUCCGGUUGAUACGACAGAAAAUCACCGAACUGUCUCAGUAACUUCACCUCAAGACCCAGAUGAUACCCGUCCCUCUUCAGUCGAUAUUGGUUUAGAGCAGAAUGACAAUAUUCCUAACAUCAGAUCGUCUUCAGUUUCUUCCGUGUCAUCUUCUUCCCAAGGAAAUAGUUCGAGGAACGUCGCCGGAUCUAAUCUGAAGGACACUCGUUUAGAUCCUUCGGAACAGUCUCGCAUGCGUUUAGAGCGAAAACGGGCGAGAAACCGCGACGCUGCGCGCAAAUGUAGAGAAAGAAAGAUUCGGUUAAUUAAAAGUCUAGAAAAAGAUGUUAUUCAUCUUUCUGAAGAAAACAAAGUACUGCGUAACCGAUUAUCUCGCAGUAAAAUAGAAGUGGAGCGUUUGAAAAUGUUUGUCGUCAACCACCUUGAUAAAGAUUGUCCUAUUUUGUCUGAUUAUCCUAUGCACUUCUACGCAAUAUUAAAUUCUUAA